AUCAUGUGAUUUUAAUACUUUCAUCAUAUAGAUUAUACUAGACUAAAUAUUGAUUAAUAAAUACAGUAACGUAAAAAACUACACACCGUUAUUUUAAAUAUAUAAUUCCAAAAUUUAUGGAACACGCAACAAUCGCGCGCUUGUAAUACUUGUUGAACUUCCAGUUGACCAACACAAAUCUGUGAAAGUACCGCUAUUGUCUCGCAGUAACGUACCAUUUAAAAAACGAACCCUCAUUUCCAAAUAUUGUUUACAUAUAUUUUUCUAAAUAUUAAAAUAAUUGUAAUUCUACCAAGAAAUAUUAACAACUGAGAUAAAUACAUGAGAAUUAGUUUAUUUUAAUCACAAAAAUGUAUUAAUAGUGUGAUAGUUUCGAAAUAUUUUGAUUGUUUUGAUUUGAAUAAUCAAAAGCAUUAGGUGUCACAUGUAAUCAAAUGGAAGCUACAGUUUGAUACGAUAAAUAUACAUUGUUUACUGUUUUAUUAGACAUUAAUCGAAAAAUGGAUGUCCUGGACAUAUUCGGUCCAAAUGGCACAUUUCAAAGAAAAACAUUGGUGGGUCCUUCGAGCCGAAAAGAAUUACCGAAAAACAUGUCUUUAUUAGACGCACAAUUAAAUGUAACAAUGAAGAGCAUAGGUGGUGGAACAGAUUAUGUAGCUGAAUAUAUAGAAAAAGAAGAAAAAGAACUCUUAAAGUCGACCAAUUAUUACAACACGAAUGAUAAAAACAACUUUGAAAUUGUAUCACAUGGCACGGAAGCCAUCCAAGAUAUAACAAACAAUGAGGACACAUUAAAAAUAUACAAAACAUAUGAUUUUGCUUAUCAUCCAAAUAUUAAAUUAACGAUUACUUCUAAGAAAGAUGAAAUAGUGUCUAUGAUUGAAACAAAUUCUGUUGUAGCAAUUCAAGGACCAACUGGUUGUGGUAAAACGACUCAGGUACCACAGUAUAUUUUAGAUUCAUGUUAUAAGAAAAAACUUCAUUGUAAUAUUAUAGUUACACAGCCUAGACGUAUUGCUGCCAUAAGUAUUGCAAAACAAGUUAGCAAAGAAAGAGAUUGGCCUAUAGGUACUCUUGUUGGAUACCAAGUAGGUUUGAUAAAUAAUACAAGUAAAGAUACUCGUUUAACAUAUUGUACAACUGGGGUCCUAUUACAUAAAUUAAUAAAUUCUAAAAACAUGUUGGAUUAUACGCAUAUUAUACUCGAUGAAGUUCACGAAAGGGAGCAAGACAUGGAUUUUCUUUUACUUGUUGUUCGUAAACUGUUACGUACCAAUUCACGAUUAGUAAAAGUUAUUUUGAUGUCCGCAACAUUUGAGGUACAAAGAUUUGCUAAAUACUUCUCAUCGCCUGUAAGGAACGAGCUUGUACCAGCUCCUAUUAUUGAUGUUGCAAAGAAGAGUUACUUCAACAUUGCUGUAUAUUAUCUCUGUCAAAUGGGUGCAUUGGGUCCGUUACCUGAAGUUUCUGCCACAGAUCCAAGGAUUACAAAGAAAAUGCUGGAUUUUUGUGUGAAUCUUAUAAAAAUUCUUGAUGAUCUAGAUAUAAAAGCCGACGAUGCAAAUGAAGCUUACAACGCAGAGACAAAUGUUUAUUUAAGACAUGUAAUUCUUGUAUUUCUACCAGGAAUUAACGAAAUUGAAGAAUUACAUAAUUUAUUGUCAUUACCGAAACACGAAGAAGCUAAAUGGGAUAUAGUAGUAUUACACUCAUCGAUUACAAAUGAAGAACAACAACGAAUCUUUCACAAACCACCCCACGGUUACCGUCGUGUUAUUUUAUCUACAAAUAUCGCUGAAAGUAGUAUCACAGUGCCCGACGUAAAAUAUGUAAUUGAUUUUUGUCUGACAAAACAACUUGUUAUUGAUCCAAAAACGAACUUUCAAUAUUUGGACCUUAUAUGGGCAAGCAAGGUGAAUUGUGAACAAAGAGCAGGUCGCACAGGUCGAGUAAUGGAAGGACGAGUAUACAGACUAGUACCGCAAGCAUUUUAUAAAUCUGUACUACCUCAAGAAUUACAUCCUGAGAUAUUGCGAGCUCCGCUCGCAAAUCUUGUACUUAAGGCAAAACUACUAGACAUGGGAGAACCAAAAGCUCUUUUAGCACUUUCCCUGGAUCCCCCUGAUCUCAGUAAUUUAGAAAGAACGAUCCUGCUUUUGAAAGAAGCAGGUGCACUAAUCGACACGCCCAAUGAAAUACAAACUUUCAAUGGAGAACUGACAGAUCUUGGCAGAGUCAUGGCUAAUCUCCCACUGGACAUUCACAUAACAAAAUUGAUAAUGUUGGGUCAUGUCUACAGUGUUUUGAAAGAUACAAUCAUUAUUGCAGCCAGUUUGACAGUAAAAGAUAUGUUCAACAGUCCAUUUCAGCAAAAAUUGUUGGCGUACAAUGUUCGACUCAGUUGGGCAGAUAAUUCUUGCAGCGAUUGCAUAGCUUUUAUGAAUGUCUAUAAAGUAUGGAUCUGCGAGAAAGCAAAUCGUCGAGUAAGAAACGAUGCUGCAGAGAAGAAAUGGGCAAUGAGAAACUUUGUGCAAAUCAGAGUGUUGCGCGAAGUCAAAGCUUUGGUUUCGGAAUUGUCGAGUAGAUUAGAGAAACUAGGCAUAAGAGAAAGCGAAGGCUUGAAUAAAGUAGUUUGGAAAGAAGCGGAACGACCGUUCGUUCUAAAAUUUGUGAUCGCAGGGGCAUUUUAUCCAAACUAUUUUAUCAAACAUGUUUCAGAAGCACAGGCUGAGGAACAUGCCGGAAUAAAAUUAUUGGGCGGUUUAGAUCCGUCUAAAACAGUAUAUCUGCAAGGAUGGCCUCUAAGGCAACCUGGUCUUCUGUAUGCUCGAAAAAUCCAAGAUGUUUUAAAGAAUACUUUGCAAUCUCCCGCUUGCAAAAUAAGAGUAUCCUUCGACGCUUCGUCUCGAAUUUAUAUACAAUUUAUAAAAGACAAAUUACACGAAAAUCACAAUAAUAAUACGCCGAAAAAAGUGUCUCCAAUUGUGUACAAAGCUAUCAGAAUAAGACAGUGUAAUAUACCGUUAGAAAUACCAAUUUUGAAUGAGGAUAUCGCUGUUCAACGGGCAGAGGAAAUGAAUUUAAAAAGAAAAGACUUCUUCACUUGCGACAACCUCAUUAAAGAUCAUAUGAGACCAAGGUUACCGAGUUUACGAGUGCAUCGUAUUCCCAUUAUAAUACAAUAUGUUAAGAAUCCCGGUCGAUUUUGGGUGCAAAUGCGCGACUCUAAAGUGAGAAAGGAAAUAGAGAAAAUAAAAUUCAUUAUUGAAAGAAAUAUGUAUCAUUUCGGUCAUUUUACUACAGCUCCGGAAACUGGUACAAUUGUGAUUGCACCGUACGAAAUAAAUAAUUACAAAUCAUAUUUCCGAGCAAUAGUUGAAGGGCAUAUAACUUCACCAGAAAUAUUGGUACAAAUAUUUUUCAUUGAUUAUGGUUAUUCAAGCGAAUGUCGUCUACGUGAUUUAAAACGUUUGAACGUCGACGAGAUUGCUAAUAUUCCUGCAUUAGCCAUGGAAUGCGUUCUAGCGGAAAUCCAGCCAUCCAUAGUGCAAAAUUUAAAUGACAAUUGGUCGGAGGCUGCUUGUGACUUUUUCUGGAUGUUAGUGAAUAAGCCCGGUAUAUUGUUCGGUGAAAUUUAUUCUAUUGUUAACGGUGUUAUUGCACUGGAGCUAAUACUUAAACAUAACGAUGAGGAAAUUAGUAUCAAUCAAUCACUGUUGGAUAAAGGGUUUGCAAUUGAACAAGCAGAAGGCUACUUUUCACGUUUUAAUCAUGAUUUAAGACUGAAACAGGCGGACAUGUCGGACGAACAGUGUUAUCAUUACGAGCAAUUACAGUACAAUGAAGAUUACAUGCCAGACAUUUAUCCAGAAUCACCAAGCGACUCAGAAUGUUUCACAAAGGUGACUUUGCGGGGGCCUUUCUCACCCCUAGAAAUAGAAAUGAAACACCUUACUAUGGCUGGCAGAGAUAAGAGAGUACACAUGGCCACAAAUUCUGUAAACUCCGUUCUUCUUGAUACCGACCCGGAAGAUUGUCAUCAAUGGCUUUUUGUAGCUGGAUCCGUGUCCCAGAAUGCGUACGGCAGCAGUUUAAAUUUGUACAACACAACGUUAAUGCCACGUCUUUCUGGCUUAACUGCGUUAAUCAUACUGAUAUUUACACCUUGUAUGGAACUAAGACGUAACACUUUUGGUACAUAUUACAUUGGCGCGUUGUGCGGACUUGGAUUUAAUCCUACCACCAAGAGAAGUCUAUUCCCAGAACACGACAUAGAGCUUCAGUUCGAUGCCGAGAUUACCAUAGACGAUCUGCAAUAUAUAAAUAGACUGCGUCAUUGGAUGAAUAUUGGAAUGCAAAUUAAUCACCAUUUCCAAAGUAGCGAUAACAUGGAAGACAUAAUAAUCUGUCAAAACAGGAUAAAAGACGCGUUACUCAAAUUGAUUGAUAAAACACGAAAAUCUCAAACACUUGAGAGAAUUAAUAACUUUGACACAUGGAAUCUCUAUGAUGAACGCCUUUAUCUACGUCCUAAUAAAACAUCUAUGAUCGUCAAUAAUAUAUAUAAGUUGCACAAUGCAUUGGAAUUAGAAGAGACAGAUCAGUUACAAGAAAUUAUAGAACACGUAAAACAAUUACGAUCGCUAAUAAUGGAAGAUCCAAGGAAUCCUGAAAAUAUUAAUAUCCGCUGUAAACUGUGUCAAAUUGUAGUGGACGACAUUUAUGACCUUCGUAGUCAUUUAUUCACUAUCAGUCACAGAGAAAAGGAAAGACAAUGGGGCAUUCAAAUUUAGGUUAUUGUAAUUAAAUAAUGAGAUACGUUUAGUAACGAAAACAGUAUUAUUAGUCAUUACUAUAUAUUUGUUUACCAUUUUUGAUGAAUACUAUAAAAUUAUGUUAAGUUUAUUUUUAGACAAAAUAUUUUGUUAUAUACUUCUAACUCAGGAUUUACAAAGCUAUAUUUUGUUUUAACUUCAAAACGUAAUUAUUAAUUUCCAUUCAAAUGUAUGAUAAUUGUGUUUUCAUAAGAAAAAUAUUGACCGUAUGAAGAAACGAAUACAUAAAUAAAAAUUAGUAUUGCGUACUUCCUACCAAUGUUAUAUCUACAGACUGUGUAUUUUUACAAUGUAUGUGAUUAGUUCACGACGUAUAAAACAUGAUUUUUUACAAUUGUGAUACUAUCGACUAUACAAAGAAUAUAUUGGAGUACCUUAAUGUAAGCAAGUGUUAAUCGAUAUUUUAAACCUCUCUCUGAAGGUAUCUCGCACUAGGUUGAGUGUAUAAUAACCGUCCAGGAACGUUUGCACCAGAAGCACUAACGUAAGUACCAGGUGGUGGU